CCGCCCCCCGCCCGGGUCUCUGUGGAGCCGAGGACGCGCCGGCUUUGAGCAUCCCGGGCCAGUCAGGCGGGAGGCCCCGGAGCUGUGGCUCCGGCGGCAGCGGCUCGUCCUGCCCUCGACAUGGCCAGCUCCGGAGAGGACACGUCCAACGAUGGCAGCGCGCCCCCCGCGGCAGAUGGUGCCCACCUGCUGGGCUUCUCGGAUGAGAUCCUCCUGCACAUCCUGAGCCACGUGCCCAGCACAGACUUGAUUCUGAACGUCCGGCGCGCCUGCCGGAAGCUCGCGGCACUCUGCCUGGACAAGAGCCUCACCCACACAGUGCUGCUGCAGAAGGACUACGAGGCCAGUGAGGACAAGGUGAAGCGGCUGGUGCGGGAGAUUGGCCGGGAGAUCCAGCAGCUGAGCAUGGCUGGCUGCUACUGGCUGUCGGGCGCCACAGUGGAGCACGUGGCCCGCUGCCGCAGCCUGGUGAAAGUGAACCUGUCGGGCUGCCACCUGACCUCCCUGCGCCUCUCCAAGGUGCUGUCAGCCCUGCAGCACCUGCGCUCCCUGGCCAUCGACGUGAGCCCCGGCUUCGACGCCAGCCAGCUGAGCAGCGAGUGCAAGGCCACGCUGAGCCGCGUGCGGGAGCUCAAGCAGACGCUAUACACACCCUCGUACGGCGUGGUGCCCUGCUGCACCAGCCUCGAGAAGCUGCUGCUCUACUUUGAGAUCCUGGACCGCACGCGCGAGGGCGCUGUGCUCUCCGGCCAGCUCAUGGUGGGCCAGAGCAACGUGCCACGCUACCAGCACCUGCGCGUCUUCUACGCCCGCCUGGCCCCCGGCUACAUCAACCAGGAGGUGGUGCGCCUGUACCUGGCUGUGCUCAGCGACCGCACGCCCGAGAACCUGCACGCCUUCCUCAUCUCUGUGCCUGGCAGCUUCGCCGAGAGCGGGGCCACCAAGAACCUCCUGGAGUCCAUGGCCCGCAAUGUGGCGCUGGACGCCCUGCAGCUGCCCAAGUCCUGGCUCAACGGCUCGGCCCUCCUGCAGCACAUGAAGUUCAGCAGCCCCUUCUACUUCAGCUUCAGCCGCUGCGCCCUGUCUGGCGGCCGCCUGAUCCAGCGCGUUGUCGAUGGCGGCAGGGACCUCCGGAGCCUGGCGGGCCUGAACCUCAGCGGCUGCGCGCACUGCCUGGCGCCCGACUCCCUGCUGCGCAAGGCAGAGGACGACAUCGACUGCGGCAUCCUGGAGACGCUGGUGGCGGCCUGCAGCAACCUGCGGCACCUCAACCUCUCAGCCGCCCACCACCACAGCCCCGAGGGCGCCGGCCGGCACCUGUGCCAGCUGCUGGCCCGCCUGCGCCACCUGCGCUCCCUGUCGCUGCCGGUCUGCGCCGUGGCUGACUCCGCACCGCGGGCCGACCGCGCGCCCGUGCAGCCCGCCAUGCACGCCGUGCCCCGCGGCUUCGGCAAGAAGGUCCGCAUCGGCGUGCCGUCCUGCCCCAGCCCCUUCUCCGGGCAGGCGGGCCCCCAGCCGUCCUCUGUGUUCUGGUCGCUGCUGAAGAGCAUGCCCUUCCUGGACCGCCUUGAGCUGAUCGGGUCCAACUUCUCGUCUGCCAUGCCGCGCAACGAGCCCGCCAUCCGCAACUCCCUCCCGCCCUGCAGCCGGGCACAGAGCGUUGGGGACUCGGAGGUGGCCGCCAUCGGCCAGCUGGCCUUCCUGCGGCACCUGACGCUGGCGCAGCUGCCCAGCAUCCUGACGGGCUCCGGGCUGGUCAGCAUCGGCCUGCAGUGCCAGCAGCUGCAGUCACUCUCGCUGGCCCACCUGGGCAUGAUGGGGAAGGUGGUCUACAUGUCCGCCCUGUCGGACAUGCUGCAGCACUGCAAGCGGCUGAAGGACCUCAGGCUGGAGCAGCCCUACUUCAGCGCCAACGCCCAGUUCUUCCAGGCCCUGAGCCAGUGCUCCGCGCUGCAGCGCCUGUGCCUGGUGUCCCGCAGCGGCUCCCUGCAGCCCGAGGCCGUGCUGGCCUUCAUGGCGCGCUGCCUGCACGUGGUCGUGUGCCACCUGUUCACCGGCGAGUCGCUCAGCACCUGCCGCAGCCUGCAGCAGGCCCUCCUCCGCAGUUUCCAGGCCGAGCGGCCGGCGCUGAAUGUCGUCAUCUUCCCUCUGCUCCACGAGGGCCUGACCGAUGUCAUCCGGGAUGUCCCCAUGGUGCACCUGGACGAGGUCACCUUAUUUAAAAGCAGAGUGGCCGAGGAGCCACCAAACCUGUGGUGGUGACAGGAGUGGGCCCCCACCUGCACGUCGCCGCCUGUGGCCUCUGAGUCUCCGUGGCCGAGGAAGCAGGACCACCCUGGACGGGCGUGUGGCCUCCAGCCUCUGCCACGGCUGCCGCUGCUGCUCCCCACCUGCGCGAGGUCCCCGGGUCCCCGGUGGGUCACAGGAGGAAGGAAGUCCCCCCCCCCACCCCGCCCAUCUUGUGCACCCGCCCCGGCCCCUGCGGGCUUCUUCUCAUGAGGACUCUGGGCUCCGUGACACUCGGGCUGAGAUGAGUGAGGAGGAUGAGGCGGAAGGGCCGGCUGUUGGCCCACCUGUGGAGUCCGGCCGGCUGUUCUUGGACUGAGACACAUCGCCAGGGCACCAGCUCCUUGGGUGCCAGGUCCCCAGAGCGCCACAUGACCCCACGGCUGCCCCCCAGCCCCCAUGAGUGGCCCUUUGCCCCUGUGUCCCUGGUCACCUGCCUCCGGGCUCUGUGGAGGGUGGCCGUGAGCCCGAGGUGAGGGGGAGCUUGCAGGUGUUGUGGCUGCAGAUCUGGGGCUCUCCUCUCCUUCCUUAACCCGGUUACGUCUCCGGUGUAUUUCCAGCCAGAUGAUGUCAGGCAGGUUCCGGCCAGCGGCUGGUUGCUGGGCGGGGCCUGCUGCUCGUGGAAGCUCCAGGUCCCUGUGAAGGUCGGUGUUUCUGGGGAAACAUAGAUAGACCUGCUUCAUUAGAAAAACUUGAAGUAUUAAAACCCAGAAGGGAUGUGUGAGUCCGGAGUGGUGAUCACAUUACCCCAUUUCAGAUAGAUAGCUUUAUUUAGCACUUUAAAAUAAUGCAACGCAGCUAUUCCCAAAACGAGGGAUGUCCUCCCAGUGUUCCGGGUCUGACGCCAUGUGCUGCGUGGUGCCUCUGCCUUGUCAGCCGCGAGACGCCCCUGGAGCAGUCCUCCCUGCAGCUGGCAGGCUUCUGAGGGGCCCCGGUUGGGUUCCCUCCACCCAGAGUCUUGCCCCGACGCUCCAGUGACGCUCCUGGGGACUUCUGGGGAGGGCCGGGCGGCGUCGGGGCAGCUUCCAGCUGGGGCACCUGGGUGUCCGCAGAGGCUGCCUCCCCGGGCCUCCGGGGGCUGAGCCCGUCUCACUGCAGCCUGCCCUUUCGCCGGGCUGGGCUGCAGAGUCCGCCAGGCCCCCUUCGCUGCUGCGGCCCCUCUUGGCUGCUGUCUGCUCUGUGGCCCCAGCCCAGCCGGCUUCCCACUCUGUCCCAUGUGAUGGUUGCCCCCGUGUCGUGUAGCGUGUCCUGUAGUUUGCCUGUUAGAGGACCCAGUACCUGGACCCUGGGCCUGCAUUGGCCUGCGCUUCCCUGGGUCCUCAAGGGGCAGACCGUUCAGCAGCCCCCACGCCACCGGGCCAUGGUGGAAGUGCGCCUAGGGUCCGGGUCUCGGGAUGCACGCAGGCCCCGCGUGCUCUGGUCGAUUCUUCCUGAGCACCGUCUGUCUGGCAGCCUCCACCCGUCCCGUGGCCCUGGCCCUGCUCUCACCCUCUCCAUAGUGUGCGGAGCUGGGCUUCCGCUGCCCUGCGGUUUUCUUGCCGAGGGUGCCGUUGUCUCCUCUCGGGAGCACCGAGUGCCCUCCUCCCUCCCUGGCUGCUGCUGGAGGCUCCUUGCCUCCUGCCUACAGGGACCCGCUGCCUCCAGGGGAAUGCCUUGCGAUGGGGCC